AUGCCAUUAAAUACUAUAUAUAAGCAGCCACAAAAUCAGAUCAUUAUCCAUUCAGGGUCUCCUUCACUUCUUGUCCUCUACUUUGGAAAAGAGGAAUUGAGAGCCAUGAAGGUCCUCAUCCUUGCCUGCCUGGUGGCUCUGGCCCUUGCAAAAGAGGUAAAUACAGAAAAAAAUGUUGAAAUAAAUAAGACUCGUACUGUCCGCCUAUGUGUAGAAAAUCGCAUUACCAACAUUGUAAAUAAAAUUGAGAAGUUGCAAAAUGAGGGACAGCAGCAAACAGAGGAUGAACUCCAGGAUAAAAUCCACCCCUUUGCCCAGACACAGUCUCUAGUCUAUCCCUUCACUGGGCCCAUCCCUUACAGCCUCCCACAAAAUUUCCUGCCUCUCCCUCAAACCCCUGUGAUGGUGUCGCCUUUCCUUCAGCCUGAAAUAAUGGGAGUCUCCGAAGUGAAGGAGACUAUGGUUCCUAAGCACAAAGAAAUGCCCUUCCCUAAAUAUCCAGUUGAGCCCUUUGCUGAAGGCCAGAGCCUGACUCUCACUGAGGUUGAAAACCUGCACCUCCCUCUGCCUCUGCCCCAGUCUUGGAUGCACCAGACUCCCCAGCCUCUUCCUCCAACCGUUAUGUUUCCUCCUCAGUCUGUGCUGUCCCUUUCUCAGCCCAAAGUUCUGUCUGUUCCCCAGAAAGCAGUGCCCUAUCCCCAGAGAGAUAUGCCCAUCCAGGCCUUUCUGCUGUACCAGGAGCCUGUACCUGGUCCUGUCCGGGGACCCUUCCCUAUUAUUGAAGUUAGAAGUAUCUAUGCUCCCAAUCUGCAGCGUCAGACAAAGUUCUGGAAACCCAAAGUGUACCACUCCACCAUGAGUUCUUCCAAACCCGCCUAUGCAGAUUACUUUGGCAGAAUUGGUGGAAUGCCACUGUAUAAAAAAUUUAUCCAGAAUUGGCGUGAGGUGGAGAAAUUUGAGGCAAGACCAGAUGACCUUGUCAUUGUCACCUAUCCCAAAUCUGGUACAACGUGGAUUAGUGAAAUUGUAUGCAUGAUUUAUGCUGAUGGUGAUGUGGAAAAGUGCAAAAAAGAUGUCAUUUUUAAUCGAGUUCCUUACCUGGAAUGUAGAAAUGACCAGAUGAUGAAUGGAGUAAAACAAUUAAAAGGGAUGGCAUCUCCUAGAAUAGUGAAGUCUCACCUGCCUCCUGAGCUUCUUCCACUCUCGUUUUGGGAAAAGAACUGUAAGAUCAUCUAUCUUGCCCGGAAUGCCAAGGAUGUGGCUGUUUCUUAUUAUUUUUUCUUUUUAAUGGUGACUGCUAAUCCAGAUCCUGGUUCUUUUCAAGAUUUUGUGGAGAAAUUCAUGGAUGGAGAAGUUCCUUAUGGUUCCUGGUAUAAACACACAAAAUCUUGGUGGGAAAAGAGAGAGAAUCCACAAGUGCUAUUUCUUUUCUAUGAAGACAUGAAGGAGGAUAUCAGAAAAGAGGUGAUGAAAUUGAUAAAAUUUCUGGGAAAGGAGACAUCAGAUGAGAUUGUGGACAAGAUUAUAAAACACACUUCAUUCCAGGAGAUGAAGAACAAUCCAUCUACCAAUUAUGAAACACUACCGGAUGAAAUCAUGAACCAUAAAGUAUCUCCCUUCAUGAGAAAAGGAAUUGUAGGAGACUGGAAGAAUCACUUUACUGUGGCCCUGAAUGAGAAAUUUGACAUGCACUAUGAGCAGCAAAUGAAGGGGUCUACACUGAAGUUCCGAACAGAGGCCUAG